AUGAGGUGACGGUUUUGGGUCAGACUCUGGUUGAGUUGAGCGACAGAAGACGCUAUUCGUAGUAACCCGUCAGGUAAGUAAAUUGUUUUUUGGUUGAAUUAAUUUGUUUCAGGUAACCGUAGUAGCAAAUUUGCAAUUGAUGCAAAUAUUAAGGUAACAUUAGGUUAUCAGAUAUGAACAGUAAAGUUAACUUCUGGUUGUUGGCGUUGCCAGUUGCUUGCACUAGCUUCUAACUUGUUCACUUUAGUCGCAGUCAAACGUUAGUUUGCAGCAAAUUAACAUACAUUUUCACAAAUGGGUCCUUAGAUAAGUCUCAAUGAAGCAGUGUUAAGUUAGUAAGCUAACUAUCAGCUACGUUAUCAGUAGCCAGCAGACUUCACUGAGCAGAUGCAAUCUUGUUUGAUUCUGUGUAACAUUAUAACGUUAGUACUGUGGAGGGACCGUCUUUUACUCAGAUAAUACUUUUCUUUUUUACCAUUUUACUGUUAAAAGGGCUCUGAAGACAGACAGUAACAAACUGCAGUUGGCGCUAACGCGUAUUUGACUCAAUAAAGAGCUGUUAACAACCGGUUUAAACUAGUUUGUUGGCGCUAAGCAGUAUUUUACUCCAUAAAGAGCUGUUAACAACCGGUUUGAACCAGUUUGUUGGCGCUAACGCGUGUAUGUUUUUCGUAACGAGAUCUGUGAUGUUGCUGUUUUAAGCUAGUUUUUUAGCACACUGGCUGAUGCAACAUCUGUGUUGUAACGUUCACGUUAACUGUAUUACACAUUUUAUGUUUUUUAGCAUGACUAAUGCCUUUCCAAAUGGUUAUUUUGACCUGUUAGUACAGUGUUAUAAAGACGUCAUUGAAAUGUCUCUUACUUUUAUAAUUAAAUAAUUGUUAAAGCAUCACGUCUUUUUCAGGUAGUAUACCAUGGUAUUUCUAAUGUUGGGAGAUACACCGGUUCUUUUACUGUUAUACAUACUAAUUGUUGUUACGUUAAUUGUUUUUGUCAUGAAGGAUGCAGGCCGUACGAGUGAAGUACAGAGAUCGUCAAAAGUACAUUUGUUAUGAGGGACCACCAACCUUCAAAACCUUUUUAGAUUGUGGUGAGUGAAAAUAUUAUUCUCACUAAUCUCUGGGACAAUUUAAUUCGGAAUUAAAUUUGUUUUGCCUAACUGAAAGUUUUUUCCCUGGAAAACUAAAGGUCUGUUAUGGAACCGUAAGUCAGUUUUAGGACAAUGUUAAAUUAAAAAUGGCCUUUUGACUUCUGGCUGUGUUUUUCUGCAAAUAGGCAACCAAUUCAUUAUUGAGCUUGUCUCUUGUUAUUUUGUCUUCGCAGUUGUCAAGAAAUUUGAUAUUCCAACCGGGGACAUAAAAGUCUAUGAUGAAACAAACACAGAAGUUGAUGAGGAUGUGUUUGAGUUUCUUCUAAAGAAACAAGACCUCGGUGUGCUAAAGAUUUGUUUACCCCAAGACCGAAAUCUUGAUGAUUCUUUGAGUUCCACUUCAUGCUGCUCCUUUGCAAGCUUCAGUGGAGACAAUGACAUGGACUCAGAUGACACCAUUAUAUUGCAACACAGUCCUGCUACAAGUAAAAGAGAUGACGGAAGUCGUCUAGCUCAGGUGAGCUCUGCAGUUUCACUUCCAUCAGAAGAUUGAAAACAAAUGCCAACGUUGAGUGCUAAAUAAGUUGUUAGAUAAGUUAACAAAAAAUAAGUGGCCAUCCUGCUUCAUAAUACCGGAUGUUUCAUUUCUGUUUCAUUGUGUUCAUUUUUGUUAUUCCCACUUAGAUGGUUGAAGAGAUCCUGAAGAAUAAACCUGGAGGAGAGAGGGUUUUGAAUGAGUACGCCCGGACAAAAAGUGUAACAGACGGCAGAAGGCGUGAUAUGGUCAAAAUAUUGGUUGCACAUAUGACAAGUGAACAUGGGUAUGUUGUCAUGUUAUUAUUACAUACCUCCACUCCAAUUACAAUUUUUGGGCUUAAAUUGACACCGUACCACACAUCAUUUUUUAGCCUGUUUAAUUUACGCAUCAAUACUUUUGAUUGAAGCACAUGCAGUGAAGUCUGUCUUUGAUUUUGUUUAGGACAAGUCCUUCAAGGCGCAUUAAAGAGGACUACGCAAGGGGCAUCACUGCCUUGUUUCCAAAUCUGGCCGAUCCUAGGAGCAAGUUUGGCUAUGUAAGUGCAUUAAAAAGGUCUAAUCUAUUUACUUUUCAUUUUUGUGAACACCCCUUUUUUCAUCCUUACAACAUAAAUAUUUCAACUGCGGUCUUACAGUUGGAAGGAGUUUUAUUUACAAUAUAGUCUGUAUAUCACUGUAUGGCCACAUGUGCUGUUGCUGUUUUAACUUUUUGAAUCCAACUGAAUAACACUUUUUUACUUUAGGAGCAUUAUUACAAUGCUGAAGAUGGUAGCGGGUAUCUGGCAUGGAGACUGAAGUUUGUUCAGAAGGAAGCGUCAAAUGGACAAAAGAAGACCGGCAGUCAGUUACAAACACAAACAGGUAUGUAAAGUUUCAUCAUAUAAUAUCUACUAAUAAUGAUGCAUUAGAAAAGGUUUAAUAAUUUAAAAUUAAUUGUAUUUUUCUUUUGGAGAUGUAAGUGCCUACAUGGCCAUCUUUGCAUGGUUUUCCAAGCAUGCACACACACACACACACACACACACAAACACACAUAUAUAGCUGAAGCCCACUAAUUUAUCUAAUUUCAACUAUUAAAAGGUGGCCCAAAAGCUGAAAGAGACCCCUUCAGAGUGGAAAACUGCCUAACUACAGAAAGCCUGUGCUGUGAGGCAAUUGCGCUUAUGAAGCAUACAGCUGAUGAAGCAACUGUUAAGGAGAAGAUGAAGCAGACCUUUACCUAUCGGCAAAACAUGGUUCAUGACUCAGUGAAGUCCUCUGAAAUAUUCACAGCUUUCCCGAGAUUCCUGGACAUAAAAGGACUGGUAUGUGAGCAUACUGCCAUGUCACUGUCAUGACAAUUGGUUUUUUCUAUUGUUCAAUAGCCUAGGUGAUCCUAUCAAGCUUUCCAUGGUGCUACACCAUAAUGGUUUAAUGUUCUGUUUAACCGGUUCUAUCAGAUUGACCAGGAUUUUGGUCUGAUGUUUGGUGAUGCUGCUACAAAGUUCCUGGAGAGGUGGCCUACUGUCUACAAGCAGAAAGUCCUGGAACAAAGCCAGGGUCUCACACAGACAGCCGACCUUCAAGAACUGCUUCAAAAUGCUCAAUGCACAUCGGACCUGGAAAAUGGUAUGCUGAAAGUAAAGGAUAAGAUUUAUAGAAGGGAGGAUUUACUUCAAAAGGGAAAAUGGGUUGACUUUAUCCUUAAUAUCUUGAAUAUUUCUCCAUGAAUUUUUACUUUCAGGCUGGGACAGUGACAUGUCAUCCAUUUUGAUUCUUGUCCACCUUCUACCACCAUCCCCAAAUGGCCGCAAGAGACCAGGAAAACUUUCAGCCAGACAAGCCAGUAACCAUCUCGUGAAAUUCCUUAAGGUGAGGGUACAGUUCAAUUAAACUAGAAAAACGUCACUGUUCUGAUCCCUUUCAAUCCCCUUUAAGAUUAUGGUCAAAUAAUAGUAAGAUAAUUUAUUCAAAGAAAUUUAUUUUAACAGUUUGAUAACUGACAAAUUUUACAGCUGACUAAUUCGUUAUGUUUUCUUCACAGACUGGGACGAGCAUCCAGGGGCAUCUGGACAGCAUCACUGAAAGUCUUCAACCCUACCUGCUAGCUGUGGGGACCCAGAAGAGUCUGAUUCACAAGUACUUCAUUGUGAUUGACAAACAUGCAAUACCGUGUAAGUCAACAGACACACUUGCCAGUUUUGAUGAGCUUUUCAAAGCUCAUUUUGUCUUUGGCACGUCUUACAACCAGGAUCUGGUAAAUGUGUACAACUUCUUGCAAACCACAAUCUAUGAAAUCGAUGUUGACAUCACUAAGGUGAAUCCAAGGGUUGCAGAGUUGAGGGCUCGGAUGCUUCAUUGAGAUGGUACAUAGCGGUUUGGUUCAAAAGCUUUGUGGCGGCAUUGAGUUGAAAUUACAAUGUUGUGUUUUAUUUGCAAAAGCCCGCAUGCAAAUGCUAAUUCCCUAACAAAACACUUGAAGUUGAUCCACGGACUUUGUUCAGGAAAGACCCUUCGUCUUAAAUGUGGUCAGGCUGGUUGUUCAAAAGUUUAUGGCACCUUUUCUGGGUUUCGAAAGCACCUCAAUAAGGCACAUGAACCGUGUUCUGAUCCUGGGGAAGGCCCAUCUACAUUUGAUGAUUUAGCAGCAAGUCAUUUUGAUGAGUUGCCAGCAAAAGGUUCACCUUCUGAUUCAGUUCUUAAAAGGAGUCUCGUAGAUAGCUGUGCUUCAACAGUUGCCGAACUUAAAGUGGCAGGUGUAGGGGAAACAACCAUUAACUCUCUGGUGAUUUCAAUGGAAGAAAUUAUUGAUGAUAUCCAUAACCAGGCAAACGAAUCCGUGAAGAAGUGUCUAACUUUACCAGAGCCUAUGAAAAGUGACAUUGAGAGCAAAAUUGAUCAGUGUUUUGAAAAAAUGGAAAAUCCCUUUGGUGUAUUAAAUUCUGAGACUAAAAGAAGGCACUAUUUUACAGAAAAGUGGGGUGGAGUAGACCUAGUUGAAUAUGUUCUUGGUACAAGAUUUGAUACUCUGUGCAAUCGCACCACAGGAGCUUAUGAUCAGGUUGUUGUCGCCGAUAAAUUUGUUUACAUCCCUAUUUUGAAAACUUUACAAUUUAUUUAUAAACAUCCAAACAUAAAAGAGAUGAUGCAGACGUCAUCAAGUUCAGGAGAAAUUCUUCAUGACUUGUGUGAUGGAGAUCUUUUCAAAAAUCAUGGUCUAUUUUCAAAACAGAAGAAUGCAAUUCAGAUACAGCUUUUCUAUGAUGAUUUUGAAACUGCAAAUCCUUUAGGAUCCAAACGAGGAAUUCAUAAAUUAGGUGCAAUCUAUUUCACCGUGCGAAAUUUUUCUCCAAAGUACAACUCAAACCUCCUUAAUAUUCAUUUGGUCGCUUUAUUUCAUGCCCAAGAUGUUAAAAUGUAUGGCUUUUCUAAAAUACUUGAACCACUUGUGCAGGAUAUUAAAAUACUUGAAAAGGAUGGAAUUUUGGUCCCCUUGUAUGAUCAGCCAGUGUAUGGAACUAUUGUCCAAGUUACAGGUGACAACCUUGGUCUCCACAGUUUGUUUGGUUUUGUUGAAUCAUUCAGUGCCAGAUACUGUUGCCGCUUCUGUCUUGCUGAGAAGGAAGAUUUUCAGACCGAGUUUGAUGAAGAUUCCCCCAAGAUAGUUAUGCGAAGUCGUGCCCUUCAUGCAGAGCAUUGCCAAAAGAUGCAGACAAAUCCAAGUCUUCCCUAUGUGAUGGGUGUUAAACGGUCUUGCAUUCUAAAUUCCCUGCAGUAUUUCAAUACAUGUGAAAAUUUCUCUGUUGAUAUUAUGCAUGAUAUCUUAGAGGGAGUGGCACAAUAUGAAAUGAAACUGCUCUUACUGCACUUGAUUGAUAAGUACACAACAUCCAAAGAAAUAGACAGGAGAAUUAAGAGUUUUAACUAUGGUUAUAUGGAGCAAAGCAACAAACCUCCCCCAGUCAAGUUGGGAGAGGACUCAAAUAACUUGGGGUUAAAUUCAAUCCAAUCUUGGUGUUUGCUUCGCAAUCUACCACUUAUCUUUGGAGACUUGGUUUGUCCAAAUGAUCAACACUGGUAUUUACUACUCCUUUUACUUCAAAUUGUUAACAUAGUAUUUUCACCAAAGUUAUCAAAGGGUAUAACUAUUUUUUUGAAACACCUAAUUGCAGAACACCAUAGGUUGUUCAAGCAUUUAUUUCCAAACAAAAGGCUACUACCAAAACAUCAUUUCAUGGUGCAUUAUCCUAUGUGUAUUCUUAAAAUUGGACCACUUUUGCAUAGCUGGUGCAUGCGCUAUGAAGCAAAACACAAUUUCUUCAAAAAACAAUUAAAAAGCUUCAAAAAUGUCACUAAAACAUUGGCAAAGAAACAUCAAACUCAAAUAGCAUACAGGUGGCAGACAUUUGAUCCCAACGGAGUGAUAAUUGGUCCAGGUAAAAUGGAAACUUUAAAUGUGCUAGACUGGGGCGAUGAGAUGGCUAAACAUAUUCAUGUACCAAUUGAAACCAAGGUUUUAAAUGUCAAAUGGGCCAAGCACCAUGGAAAUAUUUAUCGGUCAGGUUUAGUUGUUUGUCUGAGAGUUCAUUGUGAGAUGCCAGUUUUUCAUAAAAUCCACCAAGUCGUUCUAAAAGGUGAGAGGUUAUUGUUGGUUACAUUAGCCCUGCAAACAGUGUGUCUUGAAGAGCAUUUCAAUGCAUAUAAAGUUGUAUGUACAAAAGAGGGACCUCAUGUAGUUGAUGUUAAAGAGCUUUUCUGUUACAAAGCAUUUGACAUACAAAUGUCGUAUGAGUGUGAUGACAAAAGUUUGUUUAUUGUGCCGUACCAGUUCCUAUGAUGCAGCAUGCAGGAAUGGAAUUUCCAAAAUGGACCUUAGAAUACAGUAAAUUAUAUAAUUGUAAUAAUUCUUGUAUGUAUUCUAUAAAAUAUAUUUUUGGAUGUAUUGUACAUUUUUCAAAAUAAAGUGUG